AUGCUGGAGGAUGAACGAUACCACUGUUCGUUAUGUUCCUGUGACUCGCUUACCGGGACCGACGCUAAACUGGCACUGAAUAACGGUCCUUCGACCUCGGAAUGUAAUGUGAAACAACACUUGUCACCCCUUAUCCAGAUGCUUAAUACUCUCUGUUCAAUCCCAAGAGACCAUAGCUUUGUUUUUGACUACCACACCCACCGUAUGAGUGAUCGCAAGGACGAGAUACCCUACCCUAGGCGAGUAGAAGCGGAACUCGCUCGUGAACGACAACAAGCAUCACGUGACAGACGAAGAUUAGGACUGGUUGAACCGAUAUUACCACCAGAGAACGCGAGAUUAGUACAGACCACAGCGAAUAUACGAGCUUUUGAGGAAGGCGAUCCCCAUUAUUACACGACAUCGUCAGAAACGAGUUCGCAGAGACAAGCAGUGCAGGUACAGGACAGUCAGGGUGCAGACAUACCCAACGACUCAGACGGUACAGAAAGUGAAUUGGAAUUUCACGUGGACGAAUACCGUGACGAAAUAUACGAAGACAUGAGCAAGCCAGUAUUGUUUUACGGAAAAGACAACCAACUCGAAGACGUCAUUACGUACUGUACGUUACGAUUCCUUACCGACGACGCCUUUGACGACAACGACAAACGGAAGUCAGCUUAUUUGGGCACAUUGUUACGUGGCCCCGCACUCCGUUGGCUGAGCAAAGAACAAUCAGUGGAUCCGGAAAUUUACGACGAUUACCAGGAAUUUGUCAAGAAAGUCAGGACGGCAUUUGCCAAGACAGAAAAGACCAAGAUACAGGAAGCAUCCCGACGAAUUACGUUCCUUACGCAGAAAUCAUCGAAUUUGGAACAUUGGACGAAUUGGCCAGAGAAGCACAGAGAAUUGAUGAGCAAUUGUACGCGGCUAAAAGAUUUACCGGCAAGAAUCGACAACAUGGCAAGUUUUCAGGAAAAUGCAACAAAUGUGGACGAUUCGGGCACAAGGCAAAGGACUGCAGACAGUCAGGCAGCGUCAAAUCCGAGUGGUAGACCCACAGCGGCAGAGUUUUUGCGCCACAUGACCUCGACCCCGCACGCCAAGAGACAAAUGGACCCACAAACACGUAAGCAGUUUGCGCGAUUUUUGGCACCCGACGAGCUUCAAGAAUUUUAUUGGUGCAACAGACAUGGAGUAUUCCCGAAGGAUUUGGUUUCGUGUGACCUUGAGCGGAUAACCGGCACGAUAAGAGAUACUGAGACUGGAUAUGAUCGACACCGCAUUCCAGGCAGCAAGAUUUACAACGAAUGGGCGCGCAUAGACGACGCGUCAGCAGACAUGGACUAUGGAUACUUUGAACGCACAGCCCCUUGGAUCAGCAGUGAUGACGUGGCAAGACAUUACGAAGGCGAUUGCACCACCCCCUCAGGUAUGGCGAAACUGGACGUCCAGUCAUCUCCUCACAUCUUUCAUAUUCUAUCUCCACAGGCCUCAUAUACUCUUUCUUAA